AUGAACGGAACCUCUUGUCCCCCGACGAUAACGAACGGCCAACGAGUGACAGUCAAAAUCCCAGACGGAUUGCUGGACCUUAUGAUGGUCGUCGCUCGAGAGGUGCUGCGUCAUGCUCCCGAAGAUAAGUGCACGGCGUACUCGAUUGUAGCCGAUUACUUGGAAGAAAUGAUCAAGGAGAAUAACGUAAAAAUCCCCUCGUGCAUAGAUAACGAAUGGACUCGUGAAAUGAUUACUCAUGACGUGAUCAAAACGGUUGAGAAAUACGGCGUUACGCCUGAAUCUGCUAACGAGGCUGCAACUCUAAUACAAAAGGCUUGGAGGAAAUACAAUAAAGCGGUUUCGAAUAUAAAACCUGAUUCUUUAGAAACGGGAGACCACGUCUUCUCCAAAGAAUUUCGGAUGGACACUUACGAGGAAAUUAAUUACGAAAACGAUUCCGACGACAUGGAACGUGUUAACGUAGUGAGAAAAGGCCAGAGAGACUAUGUGCCACCGAUUCCAGAUUUCAUCGACGAUUUAUAUUCGUUGAAAUAUGAAGACGAAGAAUACAACUACAAACGGACUCGUGAAAUGAUUACUCAAGACGUGAUUAAAACAGAUGUAGAACGCAGUGUUACACCUGAAUCGGCUAACGACGCUUUGUCUUUAAUACAACCUGACUCUUUGGAAACUGUAGACCGCAUCUUCUCUACAGAAAUUCAGAUGGACACUUACGAGGAGAUGAAUUACGAAAACGAUUCCGAUGACAUGGAACGUGUGAACGUAGUAAGAAAAGGCCAGAGAGACUAUGUGCCACCGAUUCCAGAUUUCAUCGACGAUGUAUACUCGAAGAAAUACGAAAAAAAUGUAAACGGUCAGCCAAAGGAAACUUCUUAUGAAGACGAAUAA